CGCUGAGCAGCAAUCAUUGCAGGCUCGUUAUUCCAAUAUGGCGGACGAGUUGAAGGUUUGUAGAACAACAACAGACGAUGAUGGUUCAAGCUUACCUCCUUCAAGAUUAGGAACCAAGGAAUACUGGGAUGAGGCAUAUCAAAAAGAACAAGAGAAUUUUGAAGAUAUUGGAGAUGUUGGAGAAAUAUGGUUUGGAGAGGGUAGUAUGAACAGAAUGAUCAAAUGGAUCAAGAAAUCAUCACGAAUCACUAAAGAUUCAUCUAUGUUAGAUAUAGGAUGUGGCAACGGAAUGCUUGCCAUCAGGCUGGCAGAAGAGGGAUAUACUAAUGUAACAGGAACAGACUAUUCGUCGGGUGCCGUACAGCUGUCACAAUCCAUAGCAAAACAAGAAGGUGUUGAUAUCAAAUUUAUGGAAUGUGAUAUUUUAAACUUGUCUAAUUCUUCUCUUUCUGGACACACAUUUGAUGUAUGUCUUGACAAGGGUACUUAUGAUGCUAUAAGUCUAAAUCCACAAGAUAGUACAAGAUGUCGAGCUCUGUACAUCAAGGCUGUUGCUUGUCUAUUACCAGAGAAUGGUUUCUUUAUUAUUACCUCUUGUAACUGGACAAAAAGUGAGCUGGUUGAGCAAUUUAAAGAAGAUUUUACUCUGCUAGAUGAGAUCCCUUCGCCUUCAUUCUCUUUUGGCGGACAAGCAGGAAACACCGUGACGUCACUGAUCUUUGUAAAAAGGUUCAAGUCAACGUGACACAUUCACGGAAGAAGCCAAAGGAAAGUCACAAGGAAUACACCAUUGGUCGGGUCAUAAGUGACAGUCUUUUGGCUUCAAGUUGCCAUUUCUCUUUUAUUCUAUAUCAUGGAAUGAAACAUCUUUUUCGAGGCUUUCUUUCCAUUUCUAGGAUUCAUUUCGGUACAACUGCUUGAGUGGCCCAAGAGGGGUAGGGUCAUGUAACCUCGGUGUAAAUGGCCCAAAUUUUUGUCCCAAAGUUCGUGGAUGAGCCACAGUGUAUCACUGAAGACGUGCAUGAUGUUGAAGCCGCGAUUCAAUCAUUUGUCUCUCAAGAGAACUGCAAUGUCAUGGAAGAUAUCUUGUAAUCCUUCUGUAGACAAAAUCUAAAACUGCGAAAUUUCAAGAAAAAUAAAAGGAAUCUUGUUUAA